GAUAGAGUAUUAAUGAAUCUUAAUUAACUUUUUCAAAAAGGAUUCUUAGCUAAUUUUUUGUUUUCGACACUUCGGUCUGGCUAUUUUGAUAUCAUAUUCAAUAUUUAGAUACAUUAAAUAAGGUAAAUAAAACAAGUUUCAUCAUUUUCAAAUUCCAGACAAUUAAUUUUCUUUUUUUUAUUACAAUUCUUAAUUUAUCAGAUGCCUAAAAAACCAUCUCGUCCUGUAUCAGCGGAAACAAAGCGAAAACAAAAUAAAGAAAAAGUAGCACAAAUACGAUCUGAUACAAACUACAGAAAUGAAGAAAGGGAACGAGAUAAGGAAGCCAAACGAUGCAAAAGAAGUGAUUCAGCAGUUCGUGCAAGCGAACAAGCGCAAGACACAGCUGCUCGACAAGUUCGAAGAAGUAAUCCAACAGUUCGUGCAAAUGAACAAGCACAAGACACAGCUGCUCGACAAAUUCGAAGAAGUAAUCCAACAGUUCGUGCAAAUGAACAAGCACAAGACACAGCUGCUCGACAAAUUCGAAGAAGUAAUCCAACAGUUCGUGCAAAUGAACAAGCACAAGACACAGCUGCUCGACAAAUUCGAAGAAGUAAUCCAACAGUUCGUGCAAGCGAACAAGCGCAAGACACAGCUGCUCGACAAGUUCGAAGAAGUAAUCCAACAGUUCGUGCAAAUGAACAAGCACAAGACACAGCUGCUCGACAAAUCCGGAGAAACGAUCCAACAGUUCGUGCAAAUGAACAAGCACAAAAUACAGCUGCUCGACAGGUCCGAAGAAACGAUCCAGCAGUUCGGGCAAGUGAACAAGCACAAGACACAGCUGCUCGACAGGUCCGAAGAAACGAUCCAGCAGUUCGUGCAAGUGAACAAGUACAAGACACAGCUGCUCGACGCGUAAAGCGAAAUCAAAUUUUAUCGUGGAUUGAAGUCAUGGAGCAAUACUUUGAAUGCAUCAAGGAAGGUCCAACAUACAACUGUUACAGCUGUGAUCGUCUCUGGUUCAAAAAACUUAAAAAUUGUGGAUGUACUGAUACAUUCAUUGAGGAAGUUUUGCUGGAAGAAUUUGUGAAUGAAAAAGUUUAUCAGUUUUGUUCAACCUGUUACACAAACAUCAGAGCAAAGAAGUAUCCACGUUUCAACAUAAAUAAAUCACUUUUGGCAUUUCCAAAACUUCCUGAUAUCAUUACAAGUUUAACUCCACUUGAGGAGCGAUUGGUUGCAACAAGAAUCCCUUUUAUGAAAAUAUUCGCUCUUGGUGUUGAUCGUCAAUUCGGACUGAAAAGCGGAGUAAUCAAUAUACCUGUUGAUGUUCCAAAAAUGUUCAAGACGAUCCCCAUCAAACCAGAACAAUCAGGAGUAAUUCAUCUAAAGCUAAAGAGACGAAUUGGAAUGCAGAAUCAUUAUCUAUAUGAGAGAAUUCGUCCAGCAGUUGUUUACGAAGCAGGAAAAAUUCUAGUACAAACACCCUUGUACAUAAAAGAAGGAAUCAAUCUUGAUGAAAGCUGGCAAGUUGGAGCAAAUGACAUUUUCAACUCGGAUUCAAAUGAAGCUCCAAUGGAUGAAGAUACAGAGAACCAAUCAGAUCCAGAAUCAGAGACACAAAGAGCUGAUGAAGAAGUGAACCAACUUUAUGAAGAAACUCUCUUAGAUGCGAACGAAGCAAUUGAAUUUGCUCCAGGUGAAGGACAGAUUCCAGUAUCUAUAUUAACAGAUAUCAAUUGUGAAGAAUUAUCAUUUCCAACAAUUUACUUUGGCCAUGAACGAGUACAUUCACCAAACGUCAAGCUAUCAUAUGAAGACCAUGUAAACAGCGAAAUUCGGCGACGUGAUCGUCGUGCAGUGAGAGCAGAUCAUUUAUUAUUUAUGCACAAGAAGUCACAACUAAAACAGCUAUGCAGCAAUGUUAAUAUUGCUUUGAAGAAAUGUGCACAAUCUUCAAGCGUCACAGCAUCACAAAUUUUAAACUCGAAUUUCGUCGAUGAAAGCAUUUCUAAAGAUAAUGCAUAUAGAUUCCUAACAAAUAUAACUGGAUCUCCUGCAUAUUGGGAGCAACAAAAAAAGAACGUUAUGGCAAUGGUGCGUCAAUUAGGAGUGUUUACAUUAUUCGUCACUCUAUCAGCUGCAGAAACACAUUGGAAAGAGCUAUUACGUAUUCUCAAGAAAACUGUGGAUAAUGAAGAUGAUGCUGAUGUCACAGAAAUGGACUUUGAAGAAAAAUCUCGACUGAUACGAACGGAUCCAGUGACUUGCUCUUUAUAUUUUGAUCACAAAUUUAAAGAAUUAUUUAAAACAUUAAAAAAUACUAACGAAGGACCAUUUGGAAAGUACAAAAUUCUUCAGCAUUAUUAUCGCAUUGAGUUUCAACAUCGCGGAUCACCUCAUGUGCAUAUGAUUUUAUGGCUUAAUGAUGCACCCACUUUUGAUGCUGAUAAACCACAUUUAUUUCAUCACAUUGAAGAAUUUAUAGAUAAUAUAAUAAGUACAAGUUCUGAUGAUCCUAAUGUCCAAGAUUUUGUUAAAUAUCAAUAUCAUAAAUGUUCUCGGACUUGCAAAAAGAAGACGAGAGGAAACACAAGCUGCAGAUUUGGAGCUCCAUUCAUUCCGAUGGACAAAACAAGAAUUCUUCAACCACUGUCAUCUGAUUAUGUUUACAGUAACGGUGAACAAGAUGAAUAUCACACAAUCGUUAAGAAUCUGAAUGAACUUCUUUCGGGUGAUUUAAAUACGAUUGGAACAUUUGAAGAACUGCUUGUAAAACUUAAUUGUGACAGAGACAAAUACAUAAAAACGAUUCGAAGUCAACUUAAAGCAACAAAAAUCUUAAUCAGACGUGCUCCAAAAGAUGCCAGAGUCAAUCCAUAUGCAAGUAAAAUUUUGAUGUUGAUGCAAUCAAACAUCGAUGUACAGUUUGUCUUAGAUCCAUAUGCAUGUAUUGGAUACAUAGUUGAAUAUAUUAACAAACCAAGUCGAGGAAUUUCAAGAUUACUACGUGCAUGUGUUGAGGAGUUUAGAUCUGGAAAUUAUUCAUUGAGAGAGAAAAUCAAAAAACUUUCUUACACAUACUAUAACGGAACUGAAAUUUCUGCUCAAGAAGCAGCUUGGUGUCGUUUAAGACUUCCUAUGUCACAUAGUAGUUCAGUAGUUGAAUUCAUCAAUACAGGACCGAUGAAGACAAGACAUCGAAUAUUGAAGUCGCAAUCUCAGAUUAAGAAGCUCCCAGAAAAUAGUACAGAUGUUUACAAAAAGGGUUCAAUAGACCGAUAUAAGGAACGACCAGAAGCAUUAAAAGAUGUAUGCUUAGCAGACUUCAUUGCUAAAUUUUCAUACAAAGGAAAGAAAUCAAACAACGAAAUUGACAAUGAAAAUGUUGAACAAGACGACCAUUUGGUGGAAUCAAUUGACAAUAAUCAGAACGAAGAAGAUGAAAGUGGAGAAUUCACUGAAGUGUAUGAGGAUGAAAGUGGAGAAUUCACUGAAGUGUAUGAGGUUGAAGGUGGAACAGUAAGAAAGAGAAAGCAAAUUAAAAUCAUCAGAUUCUGCCGUUAUGAUUUUCACAAAGACCCUAACAAUUUCUAUCGCGAAAGAUUAAUGCUGUUCAAACCUUGGCGAGAUGAAUCGUUGGAACUUGAAAAAGAUAACCUGAACCUUGCAGAAAUUUACACACUAAAUAAACAACUAAUAGAGUCAAAUAGUUCUCGAUACAUUAAACUUGACAUAGAUUUAAAUGACAUUGCACGAAACAUUGAAGAAGAACAAGCUCGCGAUGAAGAUGAGUCAAAUGAUCAAAAUGAAGAUCAAGAUCAAGAACAGCAUUUGAAUGUCUAUGAUUUUGACGAUAACAUACUUCAGUCUAAUGAAACGUUUGGAAUAGAAUCAGUGAAUACAACAGAUCAUACAAACUCAAUGGAAAAGAAUAAAAUUACAGUUCCAGAUCUAGUUUCGGAUCAAGAAUAUUAUGAGUUGGUCAACUCUUUAAACACAAAGCAAAAUGAUCAUUUAAUGCAUGUCUUAAAUGCAUUCAAACUAAAUGAAUUGCCAUUGUAUCAUUUUGUAUCGGGUGAAGCAGGCGUUGGCAAGAGCAGACUAAUCAAAGCUGUAUAUCAAACACUUAUGAGGCAUUUCAAUCGUGAACCUGGACCUAUAGAUACUCCAGAAAUUCUUAUAAUUGCAUACACUGGAAAGGCAGCUCACAAUGUCAAUGGAUUAACAGCACAUGCAGCAUUUAGUUUGGUAUUGGUAGAACAGGGAACAAAAAAGUCUGAUAGUCUUUCACCAGAAGUAUUGAAUACACUGAGAGUCAAAUUAAAGAAUCUAAAGCUAAUUAUCAUUGAUGAAAUAUCAAUGAUGGGAAUCACAACAUUUGAAAAAAUCAAUAAAAGAUUGAUGCAAGUAUUCCAGUCAAAAAAGGAGUUUGGAGGUCGAUCCGUCAUCACAUUAGGUGAUUUCCAGCAGCUGCAACCAGUUCGAGACAACUUUGUAUUUGCACGAGGAAAAAAUGAUGUGGAUAGUUUGUUCGGAAAUUCACUUUGGGAUAAAUUUAAACAUUUUGAACUUACUGAAAUUAUGCGUCAAAAAGAUGAUCUAAUUUUCGCACAACUGUUGGGUCGACUAGCAAAAGGUGCAUUGACACAAAGUGACAUUGAUUUAAUUAAUACACGAAUCUUUGUUGAAUAUCCACAUCAAUUGAAACCCGGUGACAAACUCCUGCCAGCGAAAGGAAAAGAUGCUUGCCGACUAAUAUGGCAAAAUAAAGAGGUUGAUUCACACAAUCUUCAAAGAAUUAUGGAACUACGAAGACCUGAAACAGUAAACAUAAGAUUCCGUGCUAUCGAUAACAUCAUCGGUGCUACAUCUGAGACAGACAAAAGACAAGUGCGAUUUAGCUUGCAACAAUUGAGUCAUCGUGAAACACAGGGCCUUGCAACAGAAUUAGUGUUACAAAAAGGAAUUAGAUAUAUGAUUACAUCUAACAUUGACGUCACAGACGGACUAUAUAAUGGAGGUACUGGAGAGCUAAUGUUUAUGGAGUUUAGAAACAGAGAACUAGAUGCUGUUUAUUUAAAAUUUGAUGAUCCCACAAUAGGCAGAAAGGCACGUGCAGCAAGACGUGCAAUUAUGGCUGGAACCUCUGCCAUUGAUGACUCUUGGACGCCCAUCACAAGAAUAAAACUGAAUUUUCGAGUCAAUAAGUGUUCAGCUCAGGUCUUUCGUGAGCAAUAUCCAAUUGUCCCAGCAGAAGCAAUCUCAAUCCACAAGUCCCAAGGAUCAACGUUAGAGAAUGUAACAAUUCUCUUAGUACCACGCAUGUCCAGAUCACUUAUAUAUGUUGCAUGUUCGCGUGCCAAAACGCUGGAUGGACUAUAUUUAAUUGGUAAAUUCAAAUCACCAACUCCACCUCGGGAUGAUCAUCCAGUUGUAUUAGAAAUGAAGCGACUUAGAGAAACAGCUCAGCUUAUUCCAAAAUUUCAGCAUCUUAAGUCAAUACCAGCAAAUGAGAUUCAAAUAGUAUCAUUUAACUUUUUAGAUUACAUGAAGUAUUAG